CCCUCUUCUUCUUGCUCGCACACUUGACAAACCUAGAAACCAAAAUCAAAUUCCUGCUUCUUCACAUUCGUAUCGUUAUCGGCAAAAUGGCUUCUAGAUGUCGAUCUUUGUCAAAACCAGCGUUCUCUGUGUUUAGAUCUGCAAUGAACAAGCCAUCUCUCCGACCCAAAUCGGCUUCAUCGUUUCUCGGCGCCCCUCCUUCGCCUGGACUUGCAAGGCCGAUUGCUCAGCUAGGCUCGCUUCAGUCGCUACUUCCGUUGUACAGUGCAGUGUCUUCUGCUAGGCUGACUUCGUGCCUCGGUAUCGAUUCGAGGAAUUCUAGGUCGUUGUCUCAGGGUAUGCUCUGCAGUGCGAAUCCAGGAGUUUGAUAUUCUCCCAAAAUGUUUUGUGUUUAGUAUAUGUAGCUUGGCCUAAGCGUGCCUCGAUAAGAGACCAGACUCCAAGAAUAUGGAUUCAUUCGAGAUCACAUUCUCCGCAGUUUUUGCUUUGCUGGUCUAUUUCAGUCACUCAGAUCAGCUUCUGUUUUCUGGGUCAUAAACACUGUCCCUUCUUUUCCAUUCAAUUAAGUUCACAAUUUCUACCUUCAACAAAAACAGUGUCCCUUCUCUGUGUUAUUGGUGGUUCCUGGAUUCUUCCAAGCUAUAGUUUUGGUAUUGUAGGCCAAAUUUUUUUAGUUAAAAUUGUGUAUUUAACUUUUGAAUUCCCUUUUCAAAACAAUAAAAUUGCACAUUUACAAAUAUCAGAAAUGAUAUACUGUAUGUAGUGUAUAAAUUGAGCCAAUACAUGAAAAGUCCAAAAUUAUCUGAAAGUAUUUUGACAAACGCUUCGCCGUUUCUUAAUAUGUAAAACGAUGCCGUAUUUUGAAUCAAACCUUUACCCUCAGACUCCCAGCUAAAAUGCAGUUCCUCUUCAGCACGGAGGAGAUUCACCGGAGAUAAGCAAAAAUGGAGAAGAAGCGUGAAGGAGUAAUCGAAGGAAUGAGCCGGAUCGUAUCGGAUCCUUACUAUUUCCUCCAUUUCAUGGCCUUCUUCUCUUACCUUCCGAUCCGCAGCUCGGCCGCACAGUACACUUCUCAUCGACUCCUCGACAGAGAAAUCCAAGCACUUCUAGCUUUUCUUAUGUUUUCCGCUAUUAAGAUAGUGAGGGAGGAAACAUGGGAGGCAUUCGUUGCGGAUAGUUUACUCUAUGCUAAGAUCUUUCUCAUAGCGGUUUCGUUGAUUAUGGAUUAUCGAGUGGCGAUCUGGUUUUGUGUCAUAUUUUCAGUCAUAUAUCUUUUAGCUCAACAACCAGCAUUUAGUAAAUUAGGAACCGCGAAGAAGCUAACACCAAUGCAGUUGGAGGAUUUGCUAUCAGAUGGGACCACAACAAAAUACUGGUUGAUAGAAUUCUAUGCAUGUAGUUCAUCCAAGUGUGUUCGUUCAAGCCGCUGCUUUCCGGAGCUCUCCAUCACGUACUCGAAUAAUCUUUUGUCUUUUGGAACCAUCGAUCUUGGACUUUUCCCUAAUACUGCGGCAAAGUUUGGAAUAUCUCUCGCAGGUGGAAUGUCUCAGCUUCCCACAUACAUAUUGUUCGAGAAGGGUGUCGAAGUUUCGCGGUUCCCAGACUUUUGUGUUGACGCUGCACCAUCUUUACCCAUAACCAAGAAACUUCUGUGCCAACAUUUUGAGCUGGAUCGGCUUCUGCUUGAUUACAUCAACGGAUCAUAGCCAGAGCAAAACGAUUAUACGUGAUAUGUAACAUAGCUUAUCGUGCAAGAGCUGUAUGAUCAAUCGACGCACCAUCGGACUAUAAGAGGCAAACAUUUCCGUCUCUCACUUUGGUUUUUUCUGUCUUCUUAUUAUGGGCAUUUUUAGUGAGGCUCGCCGGAGGAAACGACAAAUUGUACUUUAAGCGUUGAUAGAGUGAGAGAUUUUUGUUAAAAUUUUAUGGUGUCUUGAAUUUCGUAGAAGAUAUUAAUUUGAUGUUAAUGAAAUCUCAGUUUCUAACUUUUUAGUGCCUUUCAUUUUCAUGACUUUUUUAAUGGGCAAGGCUUUGUUGGAAGUCG